GAAUUACAAAAGGAAAGUACAGAGAGAAAGCUAUCUUGAAUCUCCUAAGAGAAACAAGCCAAAGCCACAAGGCUCUAACUAACCAACUAACUUUCCCAAUUACAAUUCCAUCUAUUUAUACUAUCUUCCUUAGUGUAACCGUUUCUUCUCCUCACUUGCAGGUGACAAGUCAUCAUUAGCUUCUCACUUAACACGUCAUUAGCUUACGUGGUCAUAUCAAGAACCUCAUCAGCACGGUUCCUCCGAGGUAUGUACGGUCUGAUCUAGACAAAGCUGAGAUCGACAGUGAUUUAACAACCGAGAUCCCAAUCAUCAACAUGAACCUUUUGUGUUCUUCAACCUCCAUGGAUUCAGAGAUUGACAAGCUCGACUCUGCAUGCAAAGAGUGGGGAUUUUUCCAGCUUAUAAACCAUGGAAUAGACUCAAGUUUCUUGGACAAGAUCAAGUCAGAGAUUCAAGACUUCUUCAACCUUCCCAUGACAGAGAAGAAGAACCUUUGGCAACGACCAGGUGAGAUCGAAGGGUUUGGACAAGCUUUUGUGGUUUCAGAGGAACAGAAACUUGACUGGGGAGACAUGUUCUUCAUCACCAUGCAACCUCUUCAUUUACGCAAGCCUCACUUGUUUCCCAAGUUAGCUCCUCCCUUCAGAGAUACACUAGAGAAGUACUCAGAUGAAGUGAAAAGCAUAGCUAAGAUCUUAUUAGCGAAAAUGGCAAGAGCCCUGGAGAUCAAACCUGAGGAAAUGGAAUACUUGUUUAGUGACGACUUAGGACAGAAGCUGAGGAUGAACUACUACCCUCCUUGUCCUGAGCCGGACCAGGUUAUUGGUCUAACUCCACAUUCAGAUGCUACAGGACUCACCAUCCUCUUGCAGGUGAAUGAAGUGGAAGGUCUCCAGAUCAAGAAAAAUGGAAAGUGGGUUUCAGUCAAACCACUAAAUCAUGCUUUCGUUGUGAAUAUUGGAGACAUGUUAGAGAUGAUAACGAAUGGGACAUACAAAAGCAUAGAGCAUCGUGGGGUUGUGAACUCAGAGAAAGAGAGGCUUUCUAUGGCGACGUUUCACAAUACGGGAACGGGUAAAGAGAUUGGUCCGUUGAGAAGUCUCGUUGAAAGGCAAAAGGGUGCAUGUUUCAGAACCGUGACCCCUGAAGAGUAUUUCAAAGGCUUGGCCUCCCGUGAGCUUGAUGGGAAAGCUUUCCUUGAUGUUUGGAGAAUCUAAAGGACAACAAUGCUGCCAAAUAAACUUUGUCUUCUCCGACCGUUCUUGGUGUAGUAGAUGUAUACUAUGUUUCUCCUUUGUUAAAUCUCUAUCUAUGCUUAGACAAUCCCGCUCUUCAUGUAUUGUGCAAAGCUUAAUAUAAUAAAACUAGAAAGCAACGUUUUGGCAGCAGCACACAAGAUAGUCGUUAUCAUAACAGUUAAUCGUUGGUGCAUCAUUCAUUCUAUAAUAAUCUAAGGACACAAAAGACUUUUUUUCAAAGGGAAACACUAACUAAACACUUGCAGAAAAAUUCCUUGGCCUAGUGGUACCACUGAUCAAAUAUAAAAAUGACCAUCAAGAAUUCAGUGGAGAAAGUGAAAGUGUACUUCUAACAAUUUGGAUCAUCCAAAUGCCCAAAAGUUUCGUUCCAAUGAUUUGAAGCUUCUUCUUGUGUCCGCCUAAUCCAUAUAUGUUUUGAUGCAUCUGCUUUCUCUUGCUCUUCUAGAAUUUUCUGCAGUUGUCAAACCUUAAAUAUUAUGGAACAUAACAGAUACUCUCAUCCUACUAUAUAAAAGGAGCUAAAUCCUAGCUUCCUAAGCCUUGCCACAUGAACAAAAUAAUCAGAACCAACCAUUAUGCCAUGUCAUACCGGACUGGACUUUAAAAAAAAAAACCAACCAUUAAAAUAUGCGAAGAGUCACGGUUUAACCUGGUUCAACUACAGUUACAUCAUAAUAAAACAAUGCAUGCAUUGAUUGUUGAUUAUUAGUCUUCUAACUACCACAUCUUUGCCAUCCUAAAUCAAAAUCGAUUUUUACAACUUUAACUUGCCCCAUACUUAAUAUUCUUAUAGCUGGUGAACAAUUUAAUUUAGAAAAUCGUUAUAUUUCAUGUCAAAAAUGCCUACUGUAUUCAUUGAAAAUUAAAUAACAUAUAUUCUACCAUUAGGAUCAAGAACUCUAAUCUGAAGACUAUAUAUUCAUCCCCUCUCACUCUGAAAAAACCACCACCGCCAACCGUUCAAGAUUUUGUGUAAGUCAAUAUUUGAAAGUCACAAUUUUGUCAAUUUUUUGGCAUAAGUGAUAUGUUUAUGAGUUGGAUAGUUAAGUCCGUAUGCGGUUGGGGACGUGGGGUUUGGCUCACCUUCCACUGUUUAUUUUCAAUUGUUUUAAUAAUAGAUUCAUAUUGAUAAUCUGUGCGAACAAACAUAUAAGAUUUUAGUUGGUUAAGAUUAAACAUAGACCGACAAUCUUCCGUCUUUAGCUAUUGGUCUCCGCCAAAAAAAUUUGAUUUAAUAUAAUAGUUCCUGCCUGCUAAGCUACUACAAUUGUAGUUCACGUCUAUCGGUCAUAUAAAAUAUUUAGUUUUUCUUUGGCUUUAUAAGAUUUUAGUUUGUAAUUAAUCUCAUGGUUCGAUUUUAUCCAUUGAGACCUUUUUCACUAUGUUUUAUUAUCAAACCAUUUCACUUUGCCUAACAUUUAAAUAUUCUUUCCUUUGUUUAAGGAUUGAUUGUUCCUCAAUACCAUGGUCAAACCAACCGCCAAAGAUCUUCCGCUUAUGGGAGGUAUUUUGAAUUUACAAGUGCAUUUUUGAAUCAAAAACAUUAUUAGUAUUGAUAUAUUAAUUUAAUACUUUAAUCCAAAUCUUUAAUAAAACAAAUAUAAAAUACAAAUUAUGUUUUAUAUAUAUAUAUAUAUAUAUUUAUAUUUUUGACUAUUUACAUCUUAUUAAAUUUGAAGUGCACAAAAAAAAGAAAAGUUACAUCUUAUCUGAUAAGAUUCCAAAUAUAUAAAUACAAUGCUACGUUUUGAUUUUUGUUUAUUGCUACGAAACGUUUUAAAAACUUGGGAAAAGGUAAAAAUACAGACGACAUGACCGACCACUCCUUUUCUCCUGGUUUGCAAGAAUCUAAUUGAGUUGCUUAAUAUUUGUUCCAAAUUAAUAUAUAGUCCCAUCAGAAUCAUAAAUUAAUAAUCUAUCUCUAUAUAAUUUUAUAUAAGUACUAAAUAAAGAUAUUUUUGUUCAUUUUAUAGUUACAAAACUCUAAUAAAACAAAUAUAAACAUUAUUA